CGUGUGGGGGUGGCUCGGACAUCUUUGCGGCGCUUAGGGAGAACAGUCCGAUGGGUCAGUUCAUCUCUGAGCUGGGUCUGACCGCAGAACCAGGAGCUAACAGCCUCCGCCUGUGUGUGAGCGGAGACGACGCCGCCUGGUUCUACUUAGAGGGCCGAACCCUGCGACUGAACGCCUCUGAUCCCCGAGUGCUCGACAGAGAGGCCCAGGGGCCGAUGCUCAUAGCAGAGCUCACCUGUUACCAGGACGACGUCAUCCGGAGUAAGUUCAGGAUCCUGGUGGAGAUACUGAAUGAAAAUGACAACAGACCAAAGUUUGUAAAGGAGACGAUUCACGGGUUCACAGUCAGUGAGCUGACAGCGGUGAACUCUGUGCUUUUCACCGUGAAGGCCGUGGAUGCAGACGGAGACAUAAUCAGUUACAUCAUUGAUCCCUCUUCGGUAAGAUCCACCUUGAUUCUGUCCACGCUGUUUCUGUCUCCAUGAACUCAAGUGUAACCUUCUACCUGU